UGUGUGAAGGUCGAACAAGACUCUCUAUUCCUGUGUCUGAACUAAACCUCACAUUUACAUUCAAACCAAUCCUGACCUUUAGAUUGUCUACGGAGGCACUGCACUUGGAUCAUUCUUAAGUACUGACUGCCGUAUACUGGACAAAUUUACUCAACAGACCACCAUCAGAUUACAUCUGAACAUGGUACCUAUGUUCUUAUUCAUUAUGGGUUUUUGCACAUUGGUCCCAGGAUCAUAUGCUCUCCACCUUAGCAAGCCUGUCCUACAAGGUCCCUCCCAUGCCCCUGAAAAGUCUAUUAUUGAGUACUUCUGUGAGGUGCCUGAUAAACCAGAGAAUCUGACCAUCCUGUAUGAGCUGUUUACUGAGAACAAUAAAGAUCGACCCACUGGGGAAUACACUUCUACUCACUCGGAAAAGGCAAAUUUCCCUCUUAAGACUAAACUCUCUUAUGAGGGUCCUAUUGUGUGCAAAGCAAGUGGAUUCAACAACUCAGACAUAGUGCCGGCAUACAGCAACAGCAUUGACUUCAGAAUAUUUUAUCCUGUUAGUGAGGCAAUCAUCUCCUCACCUGAAGAAUUGUGGGAGGGCCAAGAUUUGAUCUUGGUCUGUAACAUCACUGCAGGAACCCACGUCUCCUAUAACUGGCGGAUAAACAAUGUGGCAGUAGGUGUGCCCUAUGAUCGGACAGUAAACACUCUCACUAUUAAGAAUGUAGCCGUCCAUGAUGCUGGCAACUACACGUGUGAGGCCUCAAACAGAUUUAAUGAAACCGAAACCUUCACAUCACAAAGCAAUGCUAAAGAUAUUGUCGUCAAAGAAUAUCUGUCCAAACCUGAAAUCUCAUUCAGCAUUGUCAAGGAUGAAACCAUUACAGCCCAGGUGACCUGUCAGUCAUUCAAGGGGACUCCACCCAUAAACUUCACACUCUACAACGACUCUGUGGUUCUGAGCAGAGAGACUACUGACAGCCUAAAACAUACGUUUUCUGUGGCGAUUUCCCUGAACCAGUAUAUGGGCACAGUUCAUUGCCAUGUGAGUAAUGAAGGUAAUGAGGCGCAGAGCCAACCUCUGAGGCUGGAAGUGGUGUCAGUAGGGGGAGCCGUUACGAUGAGGCGUGAGGUGGACAUGGCUUCUAACUUCCAGGUUGUGGGUCUAAAGCUAUUCUGUAAGGUGGACAGGGGUACGCUUCCUCAAUACUACUGGUAUUUUAAUGGGAACCGACUGGAUGAGCGUGGCACAUUCUAUGCUGUUGCGUGGCCAGACCAUUCCCUCCUUUUACUGUCUGUCAGCCCAGAGAGUUCUGGAGUUUACCACUGUGAGGCUGGCAACAAGUUUGAGAACACCUCCAUCGUAAGAAGUGUGAAACUACCGAUCAGCAAAGAUGAGUUGAACAGGGUGCCAACAAAGGUGGUGGUCACUAUAUUCACUUGUUUCUCUCUGCUGGUUGCUGCAGUAACAGCCUGUUGUUUUUAUGGAGUGAUAUACAGACGAAGACUGUCCAGUUCUGAAUACAUACUGGAUGAGGCAGCUACAGAAAUGGAUAGACUGCACGAAGGAGAUGCAGAGACGGACAGCAUGACUAGUGAUGAAUGCAAUGAAGUGGAAGAGGAGGACUAUUUGGAAGAUGAGGAUGUUGUCAUAGAAGCCAAGAUGGAUGACUCAGAUCAGAGUUAUGUGGAGUCGGUGGAGGAACUGAUUUCGAUUGUGCAGGAACUCCUCAAAUCAACUGAGCCAGAGAAGGAUUCAACGAGUGAACCCUAAGAGACACUGGAAAGGGAGGGUCUAAACUGAGGGACCAAUACAAUAAAGCAAGGGGUUUAAAAUACCCAACCUGGAUAGUGCUAUGUAAUGCAAUGCUUUUCAAUGGCUCUGUCUCAGUAGUUUACGCUGUAGAGAGUUCAAAUGACAGCACAUUUCUGUUUUAAUUUAGCAUCAAUGCAUUGUUAUCAUUAAGUCAGUCUCAGCUCUCGCUGAGGUGUACUACUAUAGCGUAAACUACUGAGACAUACGUCUGGAACAAACUUGUGCUGUUACAUGGGUGGACAGAACAGGUAUUAAGAGCCUCUGGGCAAGUUGGGCAGCUGUGCUAUUUUUUUUCCAGGUGACAUUUAACAGUGCACAUGCAACAGCAAACAGCAAAUUACCAGGUAUACAAAUACAGUAGGUCUCCUUUAGUGUUUGUUAGCACAGCAGCGCAUAUUGAGGUUUACCAGCUUGCUACAGCAUCAUUUGGCUAUGACUCCUAUAUCUGU